ACAGAAGACAAGCAGGUGCUUGCCAGAAGAGCUGCUGGAAAGAAGUUAAAGGCUCCUGAGAGAUCUGACAGCAGACAGAGGAGCAGAGCUGACUGACCAGAGCUGACUAGGAAGAAGCAGAAGAAGCAAGCAGCAGAUAGAAACAAGCAAAUAAUACAUCAAAGCCAAAGGAUAGAGUAAAGGAAGAAUAAAUUAGAUGUUGGCCUGAGCUUUUGGAUUUCCUGAAAGAGGUGGAGUUUUCCUUUUUCACUGGCAGAGGAAUUUAAAAUUACAGGGCAAACAGGAAAGCAAAGAUGGAAAUAUUUCAUAAACACAAGAGUGAAGGUAAAAUCCGAAUUUCCCGUGAGCUCUCAGAAGGGGAAAAAUUAGGAACAAGCAACAGAAAGGUGCGGGUGAAGAAAUGCCUGGAUAGCCUGGGGAUUCCCUGUAAUCUGGAUGAUGUGCCCAAUAUCGCCAUCCUGGGAGCUGGUGGAGGUCUGCGGGCCAUGAUCGCCCUUCAUGGAACCCUGCAGGAGCUACAAAAGCAUAGUCUCUUGGACACCAUCAUGUACCUGUGCGGGGUCUCAGGUUCCACUUGGUGUAUGUCAUCUCUCUACAAAAAUGGGGACUGGGCAGAGAAAUUGCAGGCCUUGGAGGAAAGUAUGUGUGCUAGACUUUCCAAAUACACCUGGAGCAUCCCAAAGGCAACGAAAAUGCUACUCGAGGCGGCUGAAGAUGAAAAUUACUCCCUGACUGAGUUCUGGGCCUACACUGUGGUCUAUGGAAUGUUACAUGAGCUGGACAAGGGACACUUGUCUGAGCAGCGGAGUGCUUCUGAGAACGGACAUAACCCCUAUCCCAUCUAUGCAGCAGUGGAUGAGCGAAGUUUUUCCAAAGUAACUGAAUACUCUCCAGCAUCCUGGUUUGAGUUCACCCCCCAUGAAGCCAGCUUCCUUGGCUAUGGAGCAAGUGUACCCAUGGAAUACUUUGGAAGUGAAUACAAGAAUGGGGAACUAAAGAAGCAGAAAGAAGAGAAAAGCAUGAGUUACCUACAAGGUUUGUGGGGAAGUGCCAUUGGCAGCAAAACGGAAAAUGAAAAAGUAAUAAAAGAUAUAUUCUUUGGCUUCUUUAAGGGAGAAAAAGAAUCACAUUCACCAUCUAAAGAAAGUUGUCCAGAAGGAAUAGUCGAGGGGUUUCCAGCACCCACCCUUGAACCUGAAGCUGGUGAUAUGGAAGGUGCAUUACAGUGUGAGCCAGCAGGAUCUGCACCAGGUGGCUUUUCACUAGGUGAUAUGGAAGGCUCAUUGCAGAGUGAGCCAGCAGGAGCUUCACCAGGUGGCUUUUCACCAGAUACGAAGAACAAGUCAAUUACUGAAAACAUUAAAGGUGGAGUAGGCUCAGUGGUGGAUUUCGCUAGAAUGUGGCAAAAAACCACUCAUGGUCUCUUGACCUGGAAAUGGGGAACGAACAAUAACUUUCUUUACAAAUGCUCUGCUCUUGACUCUGCUGAGCUGGUGAAGGAUAAAGUCAUCUCCUUGGUAGAUGCUGGAAUAGCCAUAAACUGUGCUUUCCCUCUGGUUCUCCGCCCGGAAAGGAAAGUGAAACUGAUCCUCUCCUUUGACUAUGGCCCUUUUGAACCAUUUAAGGCCCUCAAGCAAACUGCCAAAUACUGUAAAGAAAACUGCAUCCCAUUUCCUGAGAUAGACGAGAAAUUGCUCCAAGAGCCAGAUAACCCCUCCGACUGCUACAUCUUCAGAGGAGAGGGUGCACCUACUGUCAUGCACUUCCCACUUUUCAACAAAGUGAAUUGUCCGGCCUAUGUGACAGAAUGGAGAAUUAGAUUCACCCCAGUUCGCUGUCUCUACCAUGUGGGAGACAUCACCAAACUCCUCCAGUCGGCAAGACUGAAUGUGUCGAACAACAAAGACAAGAUCCUUCAAGAGAUCAAAUACAUUGUGGCUCACUCCAGCAAGAAGAGAAGCUCUUAAGAAGAGUUUCUCAUCUAUGCCCCACAUACAUUAAAGCCACCCAGUAGAUUUUGAGAACUACAGAAUUGUCAUGUGGCUGGAAAAUGUCAUUAUUUGGGAUUACAGGACUCUCAGCUUCUGCUAUGAAAGCACUAGUACCUAGCUCGUGAGUUAACCCCUUAAGUUGACUGCACUUUAGUUCAGCAAUUCUGAUUCUGCGCAUUAGUCAAAGAAAAAUUCUCUCUUGGUAUAAAUCAUUUUUUGCUUGCUGUUGUGAAUUAUUGCUCAGUCAGUCUCUGCUCUGUGUGAUGACAGAUGCCCUUGUCUCCUGAUGCACAAUUCACAUUCAAUCAAUAAAGCCUAUAGAAUCAAACCAUUUGCACACAG